AUGAACUUUUUCCCUGAAAGUGAAAGUGUCUCAGCCCAGAAGAAGAGAGUGAUAUUGAAAGAGCUUGUGAAGGGUCGGGAAGCUGCUACCCAACUCAAGUUUCUGCUUCAGAAUCCCUUUCGGAGUGAACCCUCUCUCUCUUCGCAUGAACUCAUGGCCAAUAUGUUCACAUCUUUCACAAACGCUCUUUCUGUUAUAAACACUUCUUCUGUGGAACCUGGUUCAGCAGAUGGGGUGGCUCAUCGGGAUCUCCUGUUUUCUGGGGUAAAUCUUUCGCCGGUACCCGAUUCCGGCAAUCAUCCAUCACCCGGAGAUUGCAGUGGGAAGAGAUCACAAAAGGGUGGGAGAGGUCGCUACAAUAGAAGGAGGAGUGAAAAGACAUGGACUGAACUAUCCUGCACCACUGAUGACAAUCAUGCAUGGAGGAAGUAUGGACAAAAGGGAAUAUUGAAUUCUGAAUUCCCUAGGAGUUACUUCCGGUGCAGUCAUAAGUAUGAUCAAGGUUGCCGAGCAACAAAACAAGUGCAGCAGGAUGAAGAGUAUCCAGAGAUGUACAGAACUACAUAUUUUGGCAUUCACAUAUGCAAAGCCACUCCCAAGAUUACUCAUUCGGCCACAGAUUCUUCCACUUGGGAAUCGUAUUUUCUGAAUUCUGAUCAUGACUCUAAUGUACAGGUUCCCCUCAUUACCCCACCAAUCUUAACUACAGACCAAGAAUUUCCCAAAGAAACUCACACAUCAAGUGAUCUUACAGAUCACAAACUAUUGGAUCCUAUCCUGUUGUCAGAUUUGAAGGAUUUUGAACCAUCCAACCCCACCAUUGUGCCCUUGGGGAAGGAAUCUGAUAACACUACUGCAGAUAAUGUAUAUUCAUGCACAGACUCGCAACGUCUAGACAUGGAUUUUGAGGUGGCAUUUGUUCAUUUUGGCACUGACUUUCACUUUGAGGAAGGUCAAUUGCUUUAA